UAGUGAUAAUAUUUAUAUUUUUUAAGUGUGGGUUUUAAAAUAUCUUUUUUACAAAGUAAUUUUGUUAUGUAAUAUUAAUAAAUUUUUCCACAAUGGAUUCCUGUAUCAAACAGCUCAGAGACGAGUACGAUUGUGAAAGAACCAAAUUAUUAACACUCUGUGAAAAAUGGCAAGAUAUUUUGGAAAAAGCUGGGAGGCAUAAAUUUAGUGAAGACAAUAAGGGUGCAAUUCUGGCUGUUAUAGGGCAGACAAAGCUAUUGGUGGACAAGAAGCUGAAAAAGUUUGAAGGUCUGUUGAUGGAGAGAGAGCAGAACAGUGGAGACAGCCGACUAAUCACAGAGGCCGACCUGCGCGGCUACUGGGAGAUGGUUAUGAUCGAGGUGGACUUAAUGGCAGCAAAGUUUGAUGAACUCAAAGAUUUGGCUGAAAAUAAGCCGAAGUCUACAAGAGCAACGAACAUGUUAUCCAACAGACCUGGCAGGACGGUCAAAUAUCAUCCGAAGUCUUAGUAAAAAUAACAAGGUUUAUCACCAAUAAUUCAUGAAGAAAGUUAAAAAUUUUGAAGAUGUAAAUGUAAACAAAUGUUGUUCUAUGAAAGUAUUAAAUAAAUUUAAUAUUUGAA